CUGCAUCUCUCUCACCAUGAUACCUGCAUCCCCUUUCUCCAUCUCUAUUCUCGUUUUUACACAUCUGCUUGUUGAAUGCAUAGCCCUGCACCUCCCUUUCUGCUCGUGCACAGUCUUGAAUUCGCUCGUCUCUGGCAUGUGACGCUGCGAUCGUUUGAGCAACCUUCCUAAUCCGUGCCAGCAACCCCAGACUUUGACGUCCGUACCAAGGCCAGGUGCUGGUCCACACGACUCUUUGUUUAAUGAACCACCGUGAGGAUUGCCAUUUAGGCUAGGGUACGGAGUGGAGAUCGAUCGUCGUCGAGAAUAAUAUAAAGGUUGGGGGGGAUAUCGCUGGUGCCCAAUGCACUUCACUGCUUUCAACUCAUCGCCCGGCCCUCGGAAGGUCGAUUCGUCCCAAGUCUGCCGUGAUCCAAGUACUGCCCCCUUGAUCGAUUAUAAGACCGCCGUCAUCAUGAUAUUGGGUAGCGCGGUACUCGUCGGUGGAGUGGCGGCUACGCUGUUUGCGCCCGUCAGCGGACUUCCUGCAACCGCGCCUAUUGGGCAUAAGCGCGACGCGCUUGAUGACUGGAUAGCGAAGCAGGAGCCCAUCUCGUAUGCCGGUAUCCUCGCAAACAUCGGAGAAGCAGGAGCCAGGUCGUACGGUGCAGGGCGAGGCUUGGUCUUGGCCAGUCCCUCCACGGUAGAUCCUGAUUACUACUACACUUGGACACGAGAUGCGGCAUUGACCUUCAAGGCGCUGAUUGAUCGCUUCAUUGUCACCAAAGAUGCGUACUUGCAGACGCACAUCAAUGAUUUCAUCACUGCGCAAGCGGCUCUUCAGACAGUGUCGAAUCCAUCUGGAACUUUCCAAGACGGCUCCGGCCUGGGAGAAGCAAAGUAUAAGCCCGACGGGACUGCAUUCACGGGAGAUUGGGGUCGACCGCAGAGAGACGGACCUCCGCUCCGUGCCACAGCACUCAUCGCCUAUGGAAAGUGGCUCAUUUCCAACGGGUACCAGGAUGCUGCUACCAACAUUGUAUGGCCUGUAGUGAAGAACGAUUUGGCGUAUGUGGCGCAGUACUGGAACCAGACGGGCUUUGAUCUGUGGGAAGAAGUCAAGGGAUCAUCUUUCUUCACCACGGCUGCGCAGCAUCGUGCACUGGUCGAAGGUUCAUCCUUUGCUGCAGCAGUUGGGUCGUCGUGUCCCGAUUGCGAUAGCCAGGCUCCACAAAUUCUGUGUUUCUUCCAGACGUACUGGAACGGCGAGUACAUUGUGUCCAACACCAACGUGGACAACGGGAGAAGUGGAAAAGACGUCAACUCCAUCUUGACCAGCGUCAACACAUUCGACCCACAGGCAGGAUGUGACGACGUGACAUUUCAACCAUGCUCACCCAAGGCGCUUGCGAAUCACAAAGUUGUCACCGACUCCUUUCGCAGCAUCUAUGGUGUCAACAACGGAAUUCCAGAGGGCGCCGCAGUGGCUGUCGGUCGCUACCCAGAAGAUGUCUACUACAACGGCAAUCCGUGGUACCUGGCGACCCUUGCAGCUGCCGAACAGCUCUACUUUGCUCUUCACCAGUACAGCGCUCAGAACUCACUCACCAUCACAUCGACGUCCCUCGCCUUCUGGAGAGCUCUCGACUCUUCUGCGGCCGAAGGAACGUACGAUUCAUCUUCUCAAACCUACACGACUCUCACAGCAGCCUUGCGAAGCUACGCAGACGGGUACGUGGCUGUAGCCCAGAAGUACACACCUACCGACGGUGCCCUCGCCGAGCAAUUUGAACGCACAUCGGGAGCGCCGUUAUCCGCCAAGCACCUCACGUGGUCAUACGCGUCAGUGCUCACAGCGGUAUCAGCGCGGAACGGCGAUGUGCCUGCCUCCUGGGGUGCAUCCAACAAUUCUCUUCCCUCGACUUGCCAGUCCUCGUCGGUGGCAGGGUCGUAUACGGCUGCCCCAACAUCGCCUACAUGGCCCGACUUCCCGUGCUCGCCGGCGGCUAGCAUCGCGGUCACUUUCAACGUUCAGACGCGCACGGCGCCCGGGCAGGAGAUAGUCGUGGUUGGUGACGUCGAGGCACUGGGAAGUUGGAAUGUGGAGCGUGCACUCAAGCUCGAAGCGAGUCGGUACCGCGACGCGGACUUCCCACUAUGGCUCGGGCAACUCCAAGGGGUGCAGGCUGGCUCGCGCAUCGAGUACAAAUACGUAAGACGAGAGGCGAACGGUGAUGUUGUAUGGCAGGGUGGAGAUAAUGGGGUUGUGGAGGCCAAGGUGGAUGGAUGUAGAGAUGCGGUUGCUGUUGGGGAUCGAUGGGAUUAG